GCAAUCGACGUUUCCCUUCUGCUUCAUCCUUACUCAAAGCCCACAAAACAGGAGGAAAAAAAAAAAAAAAAGUACGAACGUCGCUAAUCGCCUCCAACCCUUUGCGCCAGAUUUGGUGGGGGGCGAUCCAGCGGAUUCUAGAAGGCUUGCAUUUUGUCGACUUAAUUCCUUCAAAUUGAAACAGUCGCACCCAUUGAAUCUUUCGCCGUUAUUGACAAAGAUUUAGCGGUGAAAAUAACUUCUACACUUUCCGAUUAAUCUAUGUUUGGAAAUGCAGUGGCAGUUCCUGCCAAUAGUCCCCAUUUAAGAAAGUCUGGAAGCAGACCUGUAGUAUCUGAUUUGGAAUAUUUGUCUGGCACUGAUGCAGGAAAUGGUGUGGACGAAACUCCCUUGCAUUCAAGGGAGGCAGAUGAUUUGAAGAGUACCAUAUUAACAAUGAAUCCUACAGCCAUAGUUCCAUCUCCUAUUUUGUUAUGGAGAUUCAAGGUUUUCUUGUUCAUCCUCUGGGGUUUAUUUUGUUGCAAGAUUGGCUGGGAUUCUGUUAUGAGAAUGAGUGUAGACUUGCGAGACCUAUUUCUCUACGAGGCAUUUCUGUAUUAUAAUCCUCUUCUUUUGGUGACUAUGAUGGUUUGGUUCUGGGGAAUUAACUUAUGGGUUUUUUCCCAAUCGAACGUUAAUCAUGCAAAAAUAUUUGAACUUGAUCAGAAUCAUCUUACACACCGAGAAAUUUGGAAGUGUGCCACAUGGAUGACUAUUGUUGUCCCCACGAGCAUGACAGCGUACCUCUAUCUUUAUUCUCAUGGGGAAGUAUCACUAGCUGCAUCACAACCAGUUCUCUUAUAUGUCGCUGUUGUGAUGAUUUUGGUUUUCCCUUUUGAAAUAUUUUACUUGUCAUCUCGAUAUUUCUUAUUAAGGACUCUUUGGCGAAUAGUUUUCCCGUUGCAGGCAAUUACAUUUGCUGACUUUUUCGUAGCUGAUAUACUGACGUCGAUGUCAAAGGUGUUUUCCGAUUUGGAAAGAUCAGUGUGUCGAAUGAUUCACCGACAGGUUGCCACCAUUGCAUGGUUUGAAGCUGAUUCCGUCUGUGGAAGUCACUCUGUUGCAAUCCCCGUGGUUCUUGUUUUGCCUUAUCUUUUUCGUUUGUUCCAAUGUCUCCGACAAUACAAGGAUACAGGAGAAAAAGCAACACUUUUGAAUGCUCUAAAAUAUUCAACAGCAGUACCGGUCAUUUUUCUUUCUGCCCUUAAAUACCAUGUCUUCCCUGAUAGAUGGACCAACUUUUAUCGGCCCCUUUGGCUGCUGUCUAGUGUUCUAAACUCUUCAUACUCAUUUUACUGGGAUGUCAAACGAGAUUGGGACUUGAGCACUUUCACUCGGAUUUUCAAGUUCAACCGACCGCACUUCUUCUCGCAUCUCUUGUAUGGGCGGAAAUGGGUUUACAUCUGGGUGCUGGGAAGUAAUCUGAUAUUACGGUGUACAUGGACGUAUAAGUUAUCGGCUCAUCUUCGCCACAAUUACCUUACGGUAUUCACUAUCACGGCGUUAGAGAUCUUCCGAAGAUUCCAGUGGAUUUUCUUCCGAGUUGAAAAUGAAUGGAACAAGAUGAACUCGAAGACGAACAUACAAAUUACGUCGAAUCUCCCAACCGAAGAAGACAAGUUACUUAACUCCAGUAACCAUAAUGUUUAAAAUUGUUGAGUGGCAAUUGAUUUUUGCAUUAUUGGGGCAUAUGGUAGGUAUGGUAUUAUGUGGAUGAAUGCCAUUUGUUUUGUCUUGUUUAGUUUUGAAUAAUUGUUGUCAUUAAUCUAUGAGAAGGGUCUCUUUGCCAUCACAGAUGGAUUAGCCUUUUAA